AUGGGCGGCGCGGGAUCUAAAGCCCGCGCGGCGGCGACGUCCGCGUCCCGGCGCCUCCCGAAACCCGGGGACGCGCCGCCGCCGUCCGCGUCCGCGUCGAGCGGCGCGUCGUCGUCGUCGUCGUCGAAUCACUCGUCGUCGUCGUCGUCGUCGCCGCCGCCGCGGUCCCCGCACGCGUUCUUCAAGCGCGCGGAGAAGAACGACGGCUCGCUCGCGCCGAGGGCGAACGACGCGAGCGUGGACGCGCGGACGCUGCAGCGCGAGAAGGACGUCGAGCUCGUGAGCCGGAUGCACCAGCUCAGCGGCGCGAUGCGGAUGACGCGCGUGGGCAUCUCCGGGCACGAGCGCGCGGCCGAACUCGCGGCGGAGCGGAGGAGAGAGGCCGAGGGGCGGCCGACGAUGAAGAUCGCGGACGCGGCGGAGAUGUUCCGCGUCGUGGAGAUGGAGGGGAGGGGGGGGAAGAGCCGCGAGGGGAAGGGCGGAGGCGGCGGCGGGGGAGGAGGAGGAGGAGGAGGAGGAGGAGGAGGAGGCGACGACGCGUCGUCGUCGUCGUCGUCGUCGUCGUCGUCCGCGUCGACCGCGAGCGCGCUCGCGUCGAGGUACGGCGCGGACGAGGCCACGGUCGCGACGCUGACGCGAUACUUGCAGCAUCAAGAGCCAGUGGACGUCGUCGACCCCUCGUUCCCGGGCGGGCUCAAGCCCGUGAAGCGAUGGCGCGACGACGCGGACGCGUCCGUCGAGCGGUCGUAG